AUGAUCAGAGUUUGUUCUACGUCACUUGCUUCAUCUCUCUCGGUGGUUCUACAUCAUAUGGUUGAUGUGUUGUUCUGGGGCCUGGAGAGUUCAGGAGAUGUCGAGAGACUCCACGAGCUUCCACCUCUCACGCGAUCUAUAUGUAUCUCCACCUAGCGAGCCAAAUCAAUCGCGAGAGAAAGGAAUCGAGUGGAUACUUAAAAGCCAGCGAUCCCAGCCGUGCAGCGAGGUUGUCAUCAAGCAUGUCCAUCGUCAGGCGCAGCAACGUCUUCGACCCCUUCUCCCUUGACCUCUUCGACGACCCCUUCCAUGGCUUCCCCUUCGACACCUUCCGCUCCCUCUCCGAGUCGCUGCCGAGCGAGACGUGGGCCGUCGCCAACACCCGAAUCGACUGGAAGGAGACGCCGGAGGCGCACGUGUUCAAGGCGGACCUCCCGGGGGUGAAGAAGGAGGAGGUGAAGGUGGAGGUGGAGGACGGCAGGGUGCUCCAGAUCAGCGGGGAGCGGAGCAGGGAGGAGGAGGAGAAGAAGAACGACAAGUGGCACCGGGUGGAGCGGAGCAGCGGGCGGUUCCUGAGGAGGUUCCGGCUGCCGGAGAACGCCAAGGUGGAUGAGGUGAAGGCGAGCAUGGAGGACGGCGUGCUCACCGUCACGGUGCCCAAACACGAGGUGAAGAUGCCUGAGGUGAAGGCCAUCGAGAUCUCCGGUUGAGGUCUGAUUUCCGCGUGGGGCAGCAGCUGGCUGUUGCGUUGGUGUCUGGGGUUCGGUCUUCCGAGGUCGGGGAAGAGCUGCUAUAAGAUGUUUGGUUGAUAGCGUUGCGUCCAUAUAUAUUACUACCAUAAAUAUGCGUAGGUGUCUGAGAAAUAAAACUGUGUGUGUUUCGUGGUCAAUAAAAUGAUUUUAUCCUGAUA